AUGGCUCCUAUAUCAGAUAUGGGCAGCUUUCUGGCCGGCAUAGAUACUCUGGGACAGGUGGGCGCCCACUUCUUGCUGCCGCCAUCCAGGGAGGGUCCCUUCCUUUACAGCGAGCACCUGAGCCAGUCUGAGCGUCUCUCCCGCAGCGCCCCCUCGGAUCUGGCGCAUCUCCAGGGCAUCCUCAGGCGCCGUCAGCUCUACUGCAGGACCGGAUUCCACCUGCAGAUCCUCCCAGAUGGCAACGUGCAGGGCACCCGGCAGGACCACAGCCGAUUCGGCAUUCUUGAGUUCAUCAGUGUGGCUAUUGGCCUGGUCAGCAUAAGAGGAGUGGACAGCGGCCUAUAUCUUGGAAUGAAUGAUAAAGGAGAAUUAUUUGGAUCAGACAAAUUGACACCCGAGUGUAUUUUUCGGGAACAGUUUGAAGAAAAUUGGUAUAAUACUUAUUCAUCAAACUUGUAUAAGCAUGGGGACUCCGGGAGGAGAUAUUUUGUAGCUCUGAACAAAGAUGGGACUCCAAGAGAUGGUGCAAGAGCUAAGAGACAUCAAAAGUUCACGCAUUUUCUUCCUAGACCAGUAGAUCCGGAAAAGGUUCCAGAGCUUUACAAAGAUGUUAUAGGAUACAGCUGA